AUGAACAACAAAAGUGUGUCUCCUGCUGAAACAAGUGAAAUUCAAUCAGUGAAGGAGGGAGAUUCAGUCACUCUAGACUCUAAUCUUACUGAAAUAGAUGAUGAUGAUCUGAUUAUGUGGAGGUUUGAAAACACUUUAAUAGCUGAAAUCAGUGUACUGGAGGACAGCAUGACUGUAUAUGAUGAUGUUCUUGAUGGGAGAUUCAGAGACAGACUGAAGAUGGACGAUCAAACUGGAUCUCUGACCAUCACAAACAUCACAACUGAACAUGAUGGAGAAUAUCAACUACAGACCAGCAGUGUGAAUAAGAGAUUCAGUCUCACCAUCUACAGUGUUCUCCCUGUUCCUGUCAUCAGCAGUAACUCUUCACAAUGUUCUUCAUCAUCAUCAUCAUGUUCAUUGGUGUGUUCAGCUGUGAAUGUGAGUCAUGUGACUCUCUCCUGGUACAAAGGAAACAGUUUAUUGUCCAGCAUCAGUGUGUCUGAUCUCAGCAUCAGUCUCUCUCUACCUCUGGAGGUGGAAUAUCAGGAUAAAAACACCUACAGCUGUGUGCUGAACAAUCCCAUCAGCAACCAGACUCAACAUCUGGACAUCACUCACCUCUGUCACACAUGUGCAGAUAAAGGUCUACCUUUACUGUACAUAGUGCUGAUCUCUGCUGGAUCUCUGCUGAUUGUUGCUGCAGUCGUGACGUGCUGCAUCUGCAAGAAAUGUAGAAAAACAGUCGAGACACAGGAGGAAGACGGGACAAAUGCAGCAUUGUGUAAACCAACGACACGAAAAACAAAAUCAAAGACGAAUGCUGUGUAUGAAAAUGUCCCUAAAAACCGGUGAUGAAAUACUCUCCCAUAUGCACGCGAGUAGUUAU